AUUUAAAGGCUCCCAUGAUUUUGAACGGGGUGUGUGUGACCUGGAGAGGCUGGAUUGACCUACAGAGACUGGAUGGGAUGGGAUACCUGGAAUUGGAUGAAGAGAGGGCGCAGCAAGAGGACGCUUUGGCCCAGGCAGCCUUUGAAGAGGCUCGACGCAGAACCAGAGACUUUGAAGACAGAGACCGAUCACACAGAGAGGAUCUUGAGGACCCUGUGGUUUCUAAAAUCUGGGACUGAUGACACACAGACAGGCAGCCAGCAGAAAAGAACAUGGUCUCCAGAGGACAGAA